AUGGAGGAAUUUUUAAAAGACAAAAAAGGAGGUAUAUUCCGCAUUGGCGACAAAGUGACGGCUCGAUGGGCAGCAGAUGGAAAGAGAUACCAAGCACGCAUCACGAAAGUGCUAGGAGAUGAUCAAUAUGAAGUGCUUUUCUUUGAUGGAGUGACAAAAGUUGUCAGAUCAGGAGCACUGACAAAGUUUGAGAAAAAAUCACCACGCGUCUCAUCAGAACACAGCAGAGAUGGAGACGACACAAGUAAUGAUGGUGGAAGCCCCAGGAAGCAGGGCAUGGGUGAGGACGAAGAAAUCAUGCUCCUAUCUCCAGCAGCGACCACUGCGAGCUCCACUGACUCGAGGCCUUCCAGCCCAGAGCCUGAUCAGACUGUGGGGGAGGUCGUUAAAGAAGAAGAAUUGUCUGAGGUGGAAGCCGUCACAACUCCUGUCAAAAAGAGUAUAUUUGAAGUGGAAAUCAUUGAUCAGAAGAGAAAGCCAAAACGAAAAGCAGCUGUGGAAGAGCUUUUCCAGUCCCUAAAGAAAAAGCGGAGAUAUGAGUAUCACGGAAAGAAGGACGACACAUCCCCCAAGACUUCACACACACCCCUUAGUUCCCAGGCCAAGAAAGCAUCAACCUCGAAGAAAAGAGGCAGAGACUCAAUGGGCAUUUAUGAUGAAGAUGGCACACCCCUUGCAGGAACUUCAAAAUCUUGGGAGCCACCACAGGAGGCUGCGGAAAGUACUUCUUGUGAGAGCCCCAUGCCAUCACAGUCAAUGAACACUGUCCUUGUGGACAUAGAAGACGGCUGGAAGAAAUGUUGCACAAGACGCACACAUGGCACAACAGCAGGAAAAUGGGACAUGUUCUAUAUUACGCCAGAGGGGAAAAAGAUUCGCAGUAAAAAUGACCUCAGUAGGUAUUUUGAGGAUGCUGGACUUGACUACGAUAUUGACAAGUUUGAUUUCUCCGUGAAAAACAUGAAAGAUGUGAUUGAGGCUCACCUCCAGGAAAUGGAGCAGAAGGAACUGCAGAGAGUGAGUUACGCCGCCGCCAAAGAAGCUAAGGAAACGCCCAAAGAACCGAAGGAUACUUCCACAGUUGAGAUCAAGGAAGAACCAGCUGACGUGAAGGAAGAAUUAACAGUCGAUCCACCAAGCACUACGGCAAGUACAAGCUCAAGCAAUGUCACCAGCAGCAGCGGUGUGAGCGGCAACAGCACUAAACCCUCCCUCUCUUCUUCCACCUCCACCACCAUCUCCACCUCCUCCACUUCCUCCACCUCUUCCACAUCUGCUCCAUCCUCCACCACGGCCCCAACACCCCCAAAGAAACCUGACAGCAAGAGAACGGAGACCAAGCACGGAGAUACGAAGACGGGGGGCGAAGUGACGUCAGCAGCGAGGGUCAAGAUAGAGAUACCCAUCAUGCCCAAGACGGAGCCCUUAGGUACGUUAGCGUCUUCACUCCUCCACAGUCCCGCGGGUACCCCCUGGCCUCCCCCCUCUGUGUCGCACGGAACUGCCCGCAUAUUGUCUCCCGCACCGCCUACAUCUCUAGCAGCUCUCGAUACACCGGUAGACCAGAGCACAGUUGCCGCAGGUCCCCAAGCUUCUCAACCAGAUCAUGGAACCCCUCCAGCUGUCACGUCAACGCCUUCAUCAGCCUUGCCAGGGGUGGCUGGCCCGUCGAAAGCUACGGCAGCAGCACCGCCUCGUGCCAAGCAGACACUGAAGAAGGAGCCUGUUCGCGACAAAGCGUCUGGUUAUGUGGCACCUAAUGAGUUUGUGGUUCUUACUGAGCACAAUGAACACCAGUGUCCAAAAGCGGGAUGUGGCAAGAGCUUUCGCAAGGAAAAUUUGCUGCAGAUGCACAUCAAGCACUACCAUCCUGAGAUUUUGAAGAAGAACAGCAGUUGGGCACCCAAUGUAGCUGACCUGGCCUACGCCCGCACUGUAGGGGACCACCUCGACCUCACUGCCUCACCCACACACUCCUCCUCACCCGUCGAAAAGGUACUGAAGGGUGAGACUUUGUCCAAGAAGUCAUCACGGGGAGGUGCUUCAGGGAGCCCAAGUGACACCAAGCUCAAGAGCACGGAGAAGAAGGCAGGGUGGUGGGCGUCUUCUUUGGCCUCUACACCUAAGCACCCCAAGGAGCCCAAGAAGAAAGAGCUACUUAAGCAAGAGCCCAGCUUGGAAGGGUUUCCGAUAAAGUCUGAGGAUGAACUGGAGGUGAAGGAGGAACUGGAUGACUACAUAGAUGAUCUAGAGGAUGACUCUUCACUCCGAGGAAUUGUCAAGACCCAGGACCCAGACUAUGACCCCAAUGAAGGUGUGGACCAGAUACAAAAGAAGAAGAAGACCAAAUCAAAAGUUGAUCCCAAAACUAGUAAGAAGAGGAAGUCAGUGCCUUCAGAGAGUAUGAGUGAAGACGACCAGCAGGAGACCAAAGCAGUGACCAAAUACAGAUACAGCAAGCGGAAGGGGUCAUCCACUCCCAAAGUCACGAGUGAUACUGUCGUUUCUGAUGUUAGUAGUUCAAAUACAUCAGGCAAAAAACUGCAGUACAUGGAAGCGGAAUCAUCUGGGAUCGAAGUUGAAGAGGACACAACAGACACUUGGGUAGACGGGGGAGAAAAUGCAUCCGUGCAAGAAGCACCCGCAGAAAUCAUCAACUGUGGCUGCGGCUCAACUGAAGAAGAAGGACUCAUGCUUCAAUGUGAUGUGUGCCUGUGCUGGCAGCAUGGGGCGUGUUACAAUAUCCUCGGUGAAGAACAGGUGCCGGACAAAUACAUCUGUUCUCUCUGUGAUCACCCACGCCUUGAAAGAUCGUCACAUAAGUUCAGGCAUCAUCAGGACUGGGUCAAAGAAGGUCGUUUGCCCAGAUUCUCCUUCUCGCGCACCCGCGGCGAUGCUCGACUGGAGACCUGUGUUAGGAGAGGCCACGAGCUGACUGCCAAUGUGUUGCAGUUGUCGCAGGUUCUUCACUCACUGAGGCUCAAAUUGCAUAUUGCAAAGGAGGCAGAUCAUCCUAAAUUUGUGAUGUGGCACAAAAAGUGGAUCGAGAAGAAAGAGGGAAAUGGACAGGGAGAGAAAGCAGGGACAUCAUCAGACCCAGAGCCCAUUGGUCCCUUGCCAGCUGACCUGAUGGACAUUGUGGGCCCAGAUGGGUCGAGCCUGAACCCUCCACCGCUGGGCAGUUCCGUCAUACCUGAUGCGACUCUCAAUGAGGGCAUUGCCAACCCUGUGGGAAUGAGUCAAGCUGGCAUGCCAAAUCCUCCAAACACAAGCACCUCAAUGGAACUAGCUCUAACACCCACUCCAGCUUCAAGUGUGUGGGGGAUACCUGGAGACCUUCCGAGUGUCCAGCAUCUAGCAGACCAGACUUUUGAGAGUGCUGUUCCAUCUACUGAGUUCUCCAAGAAGAUUCCAGCAGCUGAUGAUACAAAGAUAGAAGGUGAGACAAUACCAGAUGCUAACCAGGACAAAAAGGAAGAUGUUGGGGUUAGUAAGACUGAGGAUUUAGACACUUCAGAGAGUCAGGCAAGCUCAGCGGAGGCACAAGCAUCAUCUGCAACACAAGAAGGUACAGAUACAAGCAAACAGGGAAGUCCUCCUGAUGCUUCAGAGACUCCACCUGCAGCCUCUACAGAAGAGAAGACAGACAAAGGGGAGAAUAAAGAGGAACAGAGGACAAGCAAAGAAGAGAUGGAAGCAGGUGACACUUCAAAUAACUCAGAAUCUGUCAGUACUGACAAACAUUCAGAAGUUUCCAAAGAAGCUUCAUCAGAGACCAGUUCUGACCAGAUGCCAACCAAAACUCAGUCUGAGCCGCCUUCCACUGCAUUGAAAGAGGAAGGAGAGACUGAAGCUUCAGAGGAUGUCAAAAAGAGCUCAAGUUCAGAAGUGGUUCCUGAAGGUGGACCAACAAGUGAGUCUCUCACUAUUGACAAAAAGGAGACUCAGGAGGCAUGUGAUACAGAAGAAGAAAAGCAAGGGGAAGAGAGUGGAAGCAAAGAAGUUGAGAAUUCAACAAAGGAGGAAAAUGAAGGAGAUUCUGAGGCUACUAAGAGUCAAAAGGAUGAAGCAGCAAACCAAAGGGAUUCAGAGACUGCAGAAACAAAGCCAUCUGAAGACACCAAGGGGACUGAGAAUGAUGAAACAAUGGAGAAAGAAAUGACGCAAAACCUUGGAGAUAUUGAGCUGCCCCAAGAAGAGGACAUAGUUGCUGCUGACCUGCCACAGCCAGAGGAGAUUGAUGCUCCAGGGGAUGUCCUAGAUGAUGAUGAGGCCCAGCUGGAUGAUGGAGAUGACCUUGCUGCCGCUCUCCUGUCCUCGCAGACAGAACUGGAACAACUAGUAACACAGGCUAGUUCUGCCUUGUCUCCUCAUGUGUCAACACCUAGUCUGGAGCCACAAGUCGUCGCUCCCAUUAUCCCCGAAGCUGAGAGAAUUGAACCUGUGAACUGUAAGUUGAACCUCCUGGAGCAUGUGCAGGUCAUGCAGAGCAACAUAACCAAGAGAUUUGAUGAGAUUGAAAAACAGCUUGAAGUGCUGGAAGCAGAGAUGGGGCUCUCGGGCGACACAGGAAAUGACGAUUGUGAAGAGGAAAGUGAAGAACGAGAUCCUGCAACACUGCAAGCCAGAGCACUUGUGAAGCUGAUUCUGAAUGACAUUAACACAGUGAAAAAGAUUGCUGAAUUCACGCACUAGCAUGCAGAAAGUAAUUAUUAUUGUGACAGACCUCAGUGAUUUUGAUCUCAAUGCAAGAUUUGUUUGUGAAUACUGUAGUGAUACAGUGAUGAGGCCAUUCUAGACUAUCCCAAGAUACUGAAUGUCAGUAUUGUAUGCUGUGAAAUUUGACUAAAAGAAAACUUUGACUUCUUGGUUGUUAUGCAUUUUUCUUUCCUGUGCAAAGAAAAACUUGGACAUUUCCCUAUCCUGCGAGAAAAGGCAUAUUGCACCUGUGAAGACUGUAAAGCUCAUAGAUGCCAAGGCUGGUUAAUAAGAGUGAUACUGACAAGCGUUACCUUCAAAGAGGUGGUAUCACUUAGAAAGGAAAUGUAGUUUGUGUGCACAUGGAAAGAAAAUAAAGUUACAAGGAAGCAAGCUAAUGAAGAAAAAAGUUAUAAGAUAAAGUACAAUAUUGAUAACACAGUGACUGUCAAUGUGUUAUACUGUUAACACUACAGAUGGUGAAGGAAAGUUUAUUUAAGAAACAGGAGGCAGUGUGUAACUGGCAGUGAUGAGCCCAUGUGGAAAUUACAUAGGAAAUCAAAAGUGGUUUUGUACUAAGAACCACAAAUAAAUUGUUUCUCAGAACAGGACAUAUUCUGUUGUUAAAUUUUGGGAAAUAUUGAGUAUCCAAAUGAAUUUAUGUAUGUGUUUUCCAUAAACAGUGAUGGGAACUUGUGAGCCAAAAGAUUUAUUUGAGUUUCUUGUCUGACAAAAAUAGAAAACAGUUAUUCAGACUGAGUGAGUAUAAUAUUCAAGAAUGAAAAAAGAGAGUGGAAUAGCUCUUUGUAGUAUAUUUAUACAAUAAGUAUAAAAAUAUGGAAGGCUCAUGGGUGGUGUUCCACGUGCAUGAAAAAGUAUUACUGGAGGAAGGUAGUAACUAGAUGAAUAUAAUUAGCAGAAUGUACAGUGAAUGAUUAACUAAAGAAUAUAUAAUAAGCUAUUCUAUAAAUUGGAAAAUUGCCUCAAUUGCCAUUAUGGCAAGCAAGUUCCAUCCCUAAGGAUGCUUGCCUAAUACCGGCCUUAACAAGAGGGAAGUUCAUAUUCAUUGUGUAAUGUGGCAGUGAAUCACAAGAAAGUGACUUCUAGUCUUUCUUUUCAGAUGUAUAAUCCAUUUGCAGAUGCAAGGUAGAAUUUGUGAUGCAUUUGUAUUUUUCUUCAGUUCUUUAUAUGUAAAUACAGUCUGAAUUUAUUGUUUAGUUUUGUUUACACUUUGAAUUAGUCAAGUUUUCUAUGUUGAGGAUGUUUAGCUAUGUUUUCCCAAGUGCUUGAAUUAUGGCUACUAAGGCUGUAUUGUUCAUCAACAUAAGUAAUAUUCCUAUAGGAAAUCCAUUUGAAGAAAUAAAUGGUUAUCUUAAUAUAAACAAAAGUUUUGUUUCCACUCUAUGGAAUGUACUUCCUUGAAUUUGUGUUAUAGAUGUAUACUUUCUUUGUGGCAUUAAUCAGUGCUUAUUUACAUGGCCAAUAAAUAGAUACUACAGAAUACUAUGUAUUUUGAGAAAUUAUUGCGGACUUUUAGAAAGUUGAAGAAAGUGAAUUGUCUUUAAAACUUGUACAUAAAAAUCCUGUGAAAUUUGUAAAAAAAAUAAUCCUCAGUACUAUGUUUCUGGAAAGUUAAACAAAUAUAUAGUUUUUUUGUUUUUUGUAUUUUGUAUAUGAAUGUACUGUAUACAAGAUGCUGUAUAUUAUGAUAUUAAGGAAAGUAGUGAAUGGUUUGUAUCAUUGAUAGUACGUGUAUCUCAGUUUUUUUUCCAAAUGUGUUUUUUUAUGUAUUGUAGGUCUUGUUGAUGCCUUGCUCUGUAAAUUAAUAAUCAGAAGUCCAAGAAGAUGUAUCAUGAUUAUGAGUACCACAUUUUCUGUGCAAAGUUACUCAAGUACAAUUAAUUUGAUAUAAGAAAUAAGAGUUUAGUUGUAUAUUUGUCAUAGUAAAAAAUAUACCCCAAAUUUA